AAGCAAUUUUAGCAAAUAUAAAUUUUACAGGUGAAUGAAUUUUUCUGGUUUGUAGUUUUUAUGCAAGUAUAGGAUUCAUUCAUGAGAUACAAUGUGGUAAACAAAAAAUACUAGACUUUGACUAGAAAGUUUCACUUGAAUCCUGGCUCUAGAACUUAUUAGCUGUGUACAUUGUGUCCUGAACAGUGAUAGAAAAGUUCAGAAAAGAAGGGAGGAUUUGGGGGGAAAGAGAGUGAGUUCUGUUCUGAACAUGUUGCAUUUGAAGUGGCUAAGAAGCAUUCAGUUGUAGAUAUCCCAAAGGCAAUUUAUGAUAAGGAACUAUAAAAAAAGUGACUAAUUCUGUAUAUGUUGAGAUGGAAUUCGUCUGCAGAAAGAUGAAUGAUGAAUCGAAGGAUACUCAUGGGAUUACCAUGUUAGAUAGUAUAGAGUCAGAAGAGAAUAAGUACAGAACUUUGGGGAAUACUCUGUGGGCAUACCGCAAAUGAAAAUUGAGCACAGAUAACUGAAGAAAAGUCAUCAGUCAGGUAGAAGAAAAACUAAGAGAAAAUAGUAUCAUAAAAACCUAUAUAAAAGAAAGUAUGAAGAAGGGGUUGAUCUACCAUAUCAAAGGCAAUAGAGACAGCUAGAAGGAUGGAGACUGGAAAAGAGCCAUUAGAUUCGUCAAUUUUUAGAGAUCAUUGGUAACUCUGGAGAGAGUUGGAUAUAAUGGCUUAUUAGGUGGGACACAGACAUUCCUUAUAUUACAUGUAAACCAGGAAUAUUACUUACAGAACUCACAGGAUUGGUGUAUAGAAAGUGCUUUAUAUCCCUUAAAGCAUUAUAUAAGUGCAAGUUAUUAAUUCAACAAAAAUUUGAGUAUCCUUUAUGUAUAAUAUCCAAACGAACAAAAGGAAUGUUCCUGUGAGAAAUUAAAUAGUAAUAAUAACAACAAUGUAGCAUGUUGUAAGACAGUUGUGAUAAAUGUCAAAUGUAAGCCACAAGUAGUAAAUGCCAUAAGAACAAAAAAGAAAGUAUGGUGAUCAGAUGUGAUUUAAUAGAAGGGAUUAGAUUUGAAUGGUGUAGAAUUUGGAUAAGCAGAGAAAAGACAGGAAAAUGCUUCCAGCAAAGAUACAGAAAAAGGAAUGUGCUUAGCAUGUUCAGAGGAUAUUGAAUAAAUCAAUAUAAUUGGAGUACACAAUUCACAGAGGAUAGCAAUAGAAAGUAAAAAGGGAGGGUAAGGCCAAAUUAAUGUAGGUGUUUUGCUUCUGUUUUGUUUCGAGAUUGUAUCUCCCCAUCUUGCCUAGGCUGGAAUGUGCAACAGCCACUCACAUGCCCAAUCCCCAAACUGCUUGGCACAGAAGUUUUAACCUUUCUUUUUCUGAUCUGGAUCAGUUCACCUUUCCUUAAACAGCCUGGUGCUCCCAGGGGCCCAAUAUAUUGGUGUUGGACUUAGUGUGGACUCCUGAUCAACUUUAGCCCUCUUGCAGCUCAGAACUCCCAAACUCAAGCAAUCCACCAGCCUCCUCUUCCCCAAGUAACAGGGAUUACAGGUGCUUCCAUUAAUAUUUCUGAAGAUGAUGAAGAAGAGGAUAUGGUGGAUUUGGCUGCCAACUCACUCUUGAACAAACUAAUCCGGCAGUCCUUAGUAGAGUCCACUCACCGUGUGGAAGUCUUACAGAAGGAUCCUAGCUCUCCCCUCUAUUCAGUAAAGACAUUUGAAGAGUUGCGACUAAAGGAAGAGUUACUGAAAGGAAUUUAUGCAAUGGGAUUCAACAGACCAUCAAAAAUCCAGGAGAUGGCUCUCCCCAUGAUGCUGGCACAUCCGCCCCAGAACCUUAUAGCACAGAGCCAGUCUGGAACAGGCAAAACAGCUGCUUUUGUCUUGGCGAUGUUAAGCAGAGUUAAUGCCUCAGAGCUGUUUCCACAGUGUCUUUGCUUAGCUCCAACUUAUGAAUUGGCUCUGCAAACUGGACGUGUGGUUGAGCAGAUGGGAAAAUUUUGCAUUGAUGUGGAAGUGAUGUAUGCUGUUCGAGGAAACCGAGCUCCGAGAGGCACUGAUAUAACCAAACAAAUUAUAAUUGGCACCCCUGGGACUGUCUUAGAUUGGUGUUUUAAACGAAAAGUAAUAGAUUUGGAUAAGAUUCGUGUAUUUGUCCUGGAUGAAGCAGACGUGAUGAUCGAUACCCAGGGAUUCUCAGACCAAAGCAUUCGAAUUCAGAGAGCUUUACAGCCCGAAUGCCAAAUGCUACUUUUCUCAGCAACUUUUGAGGAUUCCGUGUGGCAGUUUGCUGAGCGAAUCAUUCCUGAUCCUAAUGUAAUCAAGCUACGCAAAGAAGAGCUGACUCUGAACAACAUCAGACAAUAUUAUGUUCUAUGUGAUAAUAGAAAAGACAAAUAUCAAGCCCUGUGCAACAUCUAUGGAGGCAUCACCAUUGGUCAGGCCAUCAUCUUUUGCCAGACUCGUCGAAAUGCAAAAUGGUUAACUGUGGAGAUGAUGCAGGAUGGCCACCAAGUAUCUUUGUUAAGUGGAGAGCUGACAGUUGAUCAGCGGGCUUCAAUCAUCCAGAGAUUUCGUGAUGGGAAAGAGAAAGUCCUUAUAACCACCAAUGUCUGUGCUCGAGGCAUUGAUGUGAAACAAGUCACAAUUGUUGUGAAUUUUGAUCUUCCUUUAAACCAAACUGGUGAACCAGACUAUGAAACCUACCUCCAUCGAAUAGGACGAACAGGCCGCUUUGGGAAAAAGGGCAUUGCCUUCAACAUGAUUGAAGUGAAUAAGUUGCCCUUACUUUUUAAAAUUCAGGAUCACUUCAACAGCAAGAUUAAGCAACUGGAUCCAGAUGACAUGGAUGAAAUUGAAAAGAUUGAAUAUUAAAGUGAAGAUUUAACAGGGGUUUACAAAACACUCCUAUGUGUACAUAAACAGGUUCCAGAAAGCUACAAUUGUAAUUUGAUUGUUGAGGCUUCUUCAGAAGGAAAACUGAUGUUUGUCAUGCAGCAAAAUAAAGUUCCUGAUGGUCUUAAGUUUUAGUUCCUAACUCUUCUUCAAAACAGUUAAAUAUGACAGCAUUGGCCAAAGACUGAAGAGCACCUUUUGACCUGGAUUUGUCUUCAUCUUUCUACUAGUAAAUAUAUUUUUGGGGGGAGGGCUUCCACAGAUUCCACAGUGCACUGAUGAAUCUAAAUAAAUAAAUCCCUUGAAUUUUGCCAGUA